AUGGGAAUAUUUUCGUCUAAAAAUUUAGAAGAAUGUUUACGAGAAGAAAAAAGAAACUUAAACAGAUCUAUAAGAGAAUUAGAAAGGGAGAUAUAUAAAUUGGAAAAUGAAAAAAAACAAAUUGAAAAAAAUAUAAAAUUAUAUGCUAAAAAAAAUGAUAUUACACUAGUUCGUACACUAGCUAAAGAUUUAGUUAAAAUUAGGCAAACUGUUUCAAAAUAUAGUAAAAUUAAAUCUCACUUAUUCUCAAUGAAAAUAAAAUUACAAAGUGUAAAAUCAUCUGAACAAUUAAGUAAAAGUUUAAAAGAUAUAAACAAAUUAAUUAAAAGAGUUAAUAAUUAUCUUAAAUUAAAAGAUAUAAAUUCAUCUAUAAAUGAAUUUCAAAAACAAAAUAAUGAAGUAUCAUUAAAGGAAGAUAUGUUAGAUGAUUUGUUUGAUACAUUAAAUUAUGAUAUUGAUAUGAUAGAAGAAGAAGAUGAAAUUGUUGCAAAGGUUUUAGAUGAAUUAGGAAUACAACUAAAUUCUAAAUUAGAGGAAAUUCCAGCAGUAAAUACAAUUCAAAAUGAAAAAAAUGAAGAUGUAAAUAUUUCCAAUUUAGAAGAAAGAAUUAAUAAUUUAAAAAAAACAUAA